AUGUCAUUACCUGCUCAUUUACAAGAGACUUUCUCUCCGGAAGAGAUUCAAUUUAUUGUGGAAAAUGAACCUAUAAAGAUAUUCCCACGUAUUACAACUAGACAAUUAGCUCGUGGCAGAGUUGGUUCGGUUUCUGAUAAGUCAUCCUCUAAUCAAUGGAGGUUGAUCACUACUGAUGCAAAUAAUCUGAAUAAUAUGGUAGCAAUGCAAUCGACAGAGGUAACUUUGUGGUUGGCUUUACUUUUAAAACAACAGAACAAGUGUAGUAUUAUUGCUCCUAAAUGGUUGACCAUUAAAGAGUUGGAUAAGAGUAUUCAAUAUGAAAAGAAAUAUCUGGAUAGGUUUAGUUCAAUUCCAUGGAACUGGUUAGUUCUAUGUCAAUUACUGUUCAAAAGAGCGUCUGAUGACUUCCAUGAUCCCGUUCAUGAGUUACGCUCAAGGAUACAAGAUUUAAGGGAAAUUAGACAAUUAAAAGUGUUGAAAGGUUUAAAGCAUUUAAACAAUUCUCAUUUACAAUUGGAUAACAUUUCGAUAUUAGAAAUUAACGAAUUGAGACCAUUUAUUGUUGGCAUUAUGGAUAAAUUAAGAGAAAUACAUUCUGCAUCAGAAUCAAACGACUCAUCCCAAGCUAAUGAAGAUAUAGAUAUAUGA